AUGAUAUCCAAUUAUUUCAAGAGACUGAAGAAAAGUCCAGCAAAAAAUGUUGAUGGAGACUCUACUGAUAUUGAGGUUAAUCAAACCCCAUUAGAAGAAGAAACCCCACAACAGCAACAACAACACCAAGAAAAAGAAGCUCAACGUUCAAUCGGGGUGUUCAAUUUAGAUGAGCUUGAAACUGACCCAGGAUUGAGGAUACCAAUUAAUGAGCUUUGUUGUACUGACAAACAAAAAGAGGAAGUUCGAAGAGCAUACUUGUUGAAAGGUCCUUGCCAACCUAAAGAUCAUAACUUUCCUUUCACUCCUUUUGGAGAUAAAAAGCGUAGGUUUACAUCAGAGUGGUACAAAGAAGGUUCAUGUUGGAUGGAAUAUAGUGUGGCAAAAGAUGCAAUCUUCUGUUUGAAUUGUUAUCUUUUCAAACCCGAUUAUGGUGACCAAGCAGGUGGUGAAGUUUUUGUGAAUAAGGGAUAUAAUAACUGGAAAGAUAAAGCAAAAGUGAAAAAACAUGUUGGUGAUCAUUCUAGUACUCAUAACCAAUGUCAUGCCAAGUGUGUUGAUUUGAUGAACCAAAGGCAACACAUCGAUGUAAAUCUUGGUUGCGUGUCGAAAAAGGGCAAAUUGGAUUAUCGUAUUCGCUUGAAUGCAUCAAUUGAUUGCAUUAGAUUUCUUUUACAUCAAGGAUUAGCAUUUCGUGGUCAUGACGAGUCAGUUGAAUCUGAAAAUCAAGGUAACUUUAUGGAACUAUUGAAGUUUCUAUCCAAUCACAAUGACGACAUAAAGAAAGUUGUGCUGGGAAAUGCUCCGAAAAACCAUCAAAUGACGGCCCCCAAAAUCCAGAGGCAACUAACUAGUGUUUGUGCUCAUUUGACAACCAAGAAAAUUAUUGCAGAAAUUGUGAGAGAUAAACAACCAUUUUCUUUACUGGUUGAUGAAUCUCGUGAUGUGGCAGUGAAAGAACAAAUGGCUAUUGUUUUUCGCUAUGUGGACAAAAUGGGUUGUGUUAUCGAACGUUUUAUUGGGAUUGUGCAUGUUAAGAAUACUUCUGCAAAGUCUUUGAAAACUGCAAUAGAUGCCUUUUUUGUAAAGUAUGGAUUGAGUUUGACAAGUUUACGGGGCCAAGGUUACGAUGGAGCAAGCAAUAUGAGGGGUGAGUUCAAUGGUUUGAAGACUUUAAUAUUGAGAGAAAAUAAAUUUGCUUUCUACAUUCAUUGUUUCUCUCAUCAGCUCCAAUUGGCGCUAGUCAAAGUUGUAAGUAAACAUUCAGCAUUGGGUGAAUUUUUUCAAACUCUUUCUAUGUUAUCAAACACUGUGGCAGCAUCUUGCAAGCGCAGAGAUCUUCUACGUGACAAUCAGUAUGAAUAUGUGAUAUCUUUGAUUUCUAAUGGUGAUAUUCAGACGGGACGCGGUUUGAAUCAAGAAUGUACUAUUAAACGACCAGGAGAUACACGUUGGGGUUCACACAUAGGGACAAUUCAUAGUGUCAUAAACUUAUUUUCUUCUGUUGUUGGUGUGCUCAGAGUGAUUGAGAUUGAAGGAGAUGAUUGGCAAAACAAAAGUCAAGCAAGGAGUUUAUUACGAAUCAUGGAGAAUUUUGAAUUCGUCUUUUUGUUAUUCUUGAUGAAGAAAGUAUUGGGAAUCACAUAUGAACUGUCAUAA